CUAGGUGGGAUGGGGAGGGUAUAUAUAUAUUUAAACACUGCAUAGCUUGACGGAUCGGGUUACACGCCAACAAUGAAAUUUGUCACUGUAGCACUGGCGCUGACAUUCUGUGUUCAAAGUGCAGAUUGUUGGUGGACACCAUGGUUGAUGUGUCGCGACCCGGCCUCGGGGAGGUACCGCCCGCAUGGUGACGUCUGGAGGGCCCCGGAUGGAUGCAACACGUGCAUGUGUUUCAUGUGGAACGUGAGCUGCAGUCAGAAGCAGUGCAAUAAGUCUCGAGGAUGUCGUUAUGCUCCAACCAACACGUCUUACCGUCACGGUGAGAGAUUCCGGGCGGCUGACGGCUGUAACUCCUGUACCUGUGUGAACGGUGAUGCUUUGUGCACCAAGAGAGGAUGUCUUCCACCAGCAGGAGGCCAGUCGUGUUACUACGCACCGCGACGGACAUCUUACCGACACCUGCAGACGUUCCCAGCCGUGGACGGAUGUAACACCUGUAGGUGCCGUAACAGCAGAGUAACCUGUACGAAAACACCGUGUCGACAAGCAGGGUAUCGGAGUUGUUACUACGCAGCACGUGGCACUCACUAUCAACAUAGCCAGGUGUUCCCGGCAACAGACGGGUGCAAUUCGUGCACGUGUAACAAUGGGUUUAUAUCAUGCACCAGGAAGAGCUGUCAGCCUACAGGUUGCCGGUGUUAUGACGCUCCAACUAGACGCUGUUUCUCCACUGGUCAGACGUACAGAACUACAGACUGCAGACUCUGCACCUGUCCAUCCACUGGCUACCCAGUCUGUAGGACAGACCCGCAGUGUGCGAAGUAACUGUACACGGGAUCGCGAUACGAUACGUAUCCCGAUACGAUACGUACGCCUGUCUAUACGAUACGUAUCCCGAUACGAUACGUACGCUUGUCUAUAUGAUACGUAUCCCGAUACGAUACGUACGCCUGUCUAUACGAUACAUUAACAACUGUUUGACAUCCAAUAGCAGAUAACUAAUUAAUCAAUGUACUCAAGUGGUGUCGUUAACCAAAAAACGUUUUAACUUUAAUCUAUACGAUACAUAUUCCGACAUGAUGCCUUUCCCGAUAAUACGUACCCUGAUACAAGACGUAUCCAAAUACAAUACGCAUGCCGAUACAAUACGUAUGCUGAUACGAUACGUAUGCUUAUACGAUACGCACCUCUAUACGAUACCUACUUCUAUACGAUACCUACUCCUAUACGAUUCCUAUCCUGAUAAAAUACAUAUCCUGAUACGAUACGUAUCAGAUACGAUACGAAUCCUGAUAUGACGCAUGUCGUGAUACAAUUCGUAUUCGGAUAAAUACGUAUCCUGAUACGAUUCGUAUCCUAAUAAGAUACAUAUCACGAUAACUAGGUCAUGAUACAUUUCAUACAUUCAUUCGUUUUCUUGAAUUUCGUUCUUGUAUUCAGUUAAUAAAAAUGUGUUGUUUAAACA